AUGUCGACGUCGGCGCUUCUGUCUGCCAUCCGCGCCGCCGGCCGGCAGCGCCUCUCCGCUUCCACCGUCAGCGUGAGGUGGGCAACCGGGUGCCACCUCUUCCAGAUCGACGGGUACACGCAAGUCAGAAGCAGGGUGCCCAAUGGCACGGCCAUCACGUCGUGCACGUUCCGCGUCGGCGGCCAUGACUGGAGAAUCGCGUGCUACCCGAACGGCGAAACGGAGGAACACGACGGCUACAUCUCCCUCUUCCUCCAGCAGGUCAGCCACGCGGAGACCGGCGACGCCACGGCGACGUUCAAGUUCAGCGUGCUCAACCAGUCCGGUGAGCCUUCGUUCACCGGAACCUCGCUUGGAGAACGCUGCUUCUCGGGCACCGACGUCUGGGGCCUGAGAAACUUCUUGAGAAACGAACAUCUGAACAAGGAGGAGCAUCUGAAGGACGAUUGCCUGAUCAUCCUGUGCGACGUCGCCGUAGACCUUGGGCUGCGUACCGACAACCACACCGAGGCUGCCGCGCCAGAGCCUGCAGGCAUGGCGCCGGAGCCGCCGUUUGACUUCAACGGGCAACAAAUCUUGGAGGCCAUCUGGUACAUGCAAACACCGGACGUGAAGAUCGAGGUCGGCGGAGAGACGUUCCCCGCGCACCGGUGGGUUCUCGAGGCCCGAUCCCCGGUAUUCAUGGACGAUCUCGCACUCGCCUCAGAUGUGGACAACACCACUGAUCUACGCGUAGACGACAUGGACGCCGACGUGUUCAGGACCCUGCUCCAGUUCAUCUACACGGACACGCUACCUGAUAUGAGCCAGCUCGAGGCGAGUGCAAUGGCGGAUCGGCUGCUAGCCGCGGCGGACAGGUACAAGAUAGAGAAGCUGAAGCUCAUCUGCCAGGAUAGGCAGCAAGAACACCGGCGUGAGCUCCGUGGUAGCCACACUGCUAGCGUUGGCGGAGCGGCCUCGUCGCAGCCCCGUGCGGUGGGACUCAUGCAAGCAGUUCCUCGUUUCUUCCGACAACCCGAUGGAACUCGUCCUGGAGCACAUGGCGGAGCAAACACGGGCACUUCCACGUCUUCUACAGCACCCGGCCUUUGA